AUGGUAGGGCGUGUCCCUGGGCGGGGCGCGGUCGCCUGGCUGGCGGCGGUUGGCCGUGGGCGGAGGGGGGCGGGGCCCGGGGCGCGCGUGGUGCGCGCACAGACGGCGGCGGUUGGCUACGACGUCCGCGCGAGCUCUCCAGGCUCGGCUGCUCCUUGGUUGAGCGCUCGCCAGGCCUCGCCGCUCAUGGGCGCCCCGUGCUGCCGCCCCCCUGCCCCGCGCCGCUCACCGCCCCGGCCCCCACCGGGCUCCGACACGGACGACGUCCUGCAGAUCAUGGCCAUCACCGACCAGAGCCUGGACGAGGCGCAGGCCAGAAAGCAUGCUCUGAAUUGUCAUCAGAUGAAGCCUGCUCUCUUCAGUGUGCUCUGUGAGAUCAAGGAAAAGGCAGGGUUGAACAUUCGUGGCAUUCCAGAAGAGGGUCCCCCCGACGCUCAGCUCCAAAAGCUGGAUAACAUGCUGCUGGCCGAGGGCAUAUGCAGGCCGGAGAAGCAACGAAGAGGAGCACAGGCGGCGGUCAGCACAGCAACACCAGGUGGCUGUCCAAAUGACAGUGGCCUUGAGCACUCUGACUACAGGGCCAAGCUGUCCCAGAUCCUACAGAUUUACCACUCUGAGCUAGAGAAAUAUGAACAGGCCUGCUGUGAGUUCACCACGCAUGUCACCAACCUUCUCCGGGAGCAGAGCAGGAUAAGGCCUGUCUCACCCAAGGAGAUCGAGCAUGUGGUGGGCAUCCUCCACGGCAAGUUCAACAGCGUCCAGAUACAGCUGAAGCAGAGCACCUGCGAGGCCGUGAUGACCCUGCGCUCGAGGUUCCUCGAUGCCAGGCGUAAGCAGCAGAAUUUCAGCAAGCAAGCCACGGAAGUGCUGAAUGAAUAUUUUUAUUCCCAUUUGAGCAACCCUUACCCCAGUGAAGAAACCAAAGAAGAGCUGGCCAGGAAGGGUGGCAUCACGGUCUCCCAGGUCUCCAACUGGUUCGGCAACAAAAGAAUCCAGUAUAAAAAAAACAUGGGGAAGUUUCAAGAAGAGGCUACCAUUUACACAGGUAAGAUGGCAGAGGACACCACUGAUGUCAGGGGCCCGGGCAGCCAGGCCAGCUGCCCUUUGAGGCCCAGCUCCAGUUCCUCUGGUCCCUUUCCGAUGACCAGCACCAGCGACACACUUAUCACCCUGCAGACGCUGGCCUCCCUCCGGCCCGCCCCUGGGGAAGGCAGCCUUCUGGGCUAGGUGAGCCAUGGUGGCUGGCAGGUGAGGCGAAUGUCGACCGCUUCACCUAUUGGAGACCCCGGCAGGGUCACCUCAGACGCAUCUAAUUAA